GCGAGUCUGGGCUGGGAGAUGGAGAGGUGGAAACGGGCGGAUAGGCGAGCGGGGAUGAGGUAAUUCGUGGUUGGCGAGGGCCGGCCGGGGAUGGCAGACGAGGCUCCCAGGCCCGUCUUUUCCUCUGAUGUCGACGUCCAUCCAUCCCUCCUCCUAGUCGCGCUCUCGCUGCCCUCCCCGCCAGCCAGUCCGUCCUCAGGGCCUUCGUCGUCCACGGCUCUCUCUGUAACUGGAUAAUGCAAGUUUGCCCGUGCACACAUUCCAGCUACUUCCUCCGUCGCGUGUCACCAAUCGCACCCCCCGCACCGGUCGACCCCCUUCCCCUCGACCUCCCACUAGCCGGCCUAUGUCCUCCCUCUCUGAUGCGACCGUCAGCCCCUCCUCGACGCAGUCUUCGGCCUACGACCGCUCGCCGUCUCUCAAGCGCAAGCGGUCCAUCGGCCACCGCUCGCCGUCUCUGAGCCAACACGAACGGUCUCCCCGCGCUGAUGGUGGUUCUUGCGGCGGCCAGGCAUACCCAGCCCAAGUUGAGCAGGCGUACCAGGACUGCUACAACGUCGAUAAUGCUGUCUAUUCCUGCUUCCCAACCUCCAACAUCUCUCUCGCUCAGAACCAAUGGGUUGAAUUCGUCUGGAACAGUAGACUCCCCCAAUUCACCAACACAAACGAAGUCGAUAUAUUUCUGUAUAAUGCGGACUCACAAGAGCUAGUACAAAGUUGGUCUAAUGUCGCCAACCCGGCGAGCAAUUCAGGUCAAGUAGGGGCUUGUGUCAAUGAUUCGUGGUGGGGAAACAACAACGGCUCAAACUGGGACGGCUCGAACAUCACUUCGCAAUACUACUUUGCGAUUACGCCCAACACUCAGGACGCCGUGGCCUACCGGUUCCCCAUAUCCACAUUCGCUGCCGUUCAAACCACUUAUGCUGACUGGGUCGUUGCUUCCAUGUCGUCUGCAUCCGCUGCGUCGGCCUCCUCAGCUGCCGCGGACUCGUCGAGAUCAUCAGCGACCGCGACCGCGACGUCGACGAGUCUCGGCACGGGCGUGGGCGGUGGGAACGGCACCAGUGCCUCCUCAAAUCCCUCCGGCGGCGCACCCACAGCAAGCUCGACGGCGGCGGGUUCGGGGUCGGUGCAGUCGAACAGUGCCAACAAGUUCCCUGGCUGGGCGAUCGCCGUCAUCGUCGUGCUCGGCUUCCUCGCCCUCGUCGCCGCUGGCGUCAUCGCUUUCCUCGUGUCACGGCGCAUGAAACGGAGGAACAGCAUGCUGUCUCAUCGUGGAUCCAUGAACUCGGCAUCGCCCAUGAUGGCCAACGCGGCUGGAAAUACCCAAUCUCCACUGCUAGCAUCGGCUGCUCUGGGAGGAGCGGUUGGCGCCGCGGAGGCGGGUGAACAUCGACCCACAUCACCCACCGAAGGCCACGACGGGGCGUCGAUCGUAUCGCGCACAAGUGCCGAUCCUGGUUUGUUCUCAGGCGCGGACGCGGCGAUUCUUGCGGCCGCUUUCCGAUCGCAGCUCCGGAAGCCUGACUUCACGGAGCAGCCAGUGGAAGAAGGCGAGAGUCCGGAGAGCCAGACGACCGAGCGGCCAGGGGCGCUGCUGAGCCGCGAGCUCGCAGAAGAAGGCAGGGACAUCCGGAGCGUUGGCUCCUCGAGAGGAGUACGCGUAGAGACGCUCGGUGACACGACUGAUGACGACGCAGCCACGUCGGCCACGACAAUACACGACGAUGACGAAACGGGGACGGUACAGGACCAUCGGUAUUAG